AUGGUUACGUUGACCUGGCGUUCGAAGACGCUGCUAUCGCUCAUCGCGUUCGUCUCCAUUUUCGUCUUCGCUGCAAGCCCUCCGUGGGACAAGUUUUGGCUCGUGUUGCUGUUCAUCUUCAGCAUUUUCCUGAUGUUCGACGUCUUGUUCGUGACGCCUAGGCACUUCGACUUCGACCCUUUUUACAGGUUAGUCCGCCAUGCCGUAGCUUCUAAGCGGUACACAGCAAUUGGGAAGCUCGUCAAAACGACAAAAGGGAUUAGCAUCGGCUAUAUCGGCCGCCCGUGGUGGUCAAGCACUGGGAAGUCCAGCGCCGCUUGA